AACCAGUACAGUGUACGCUAAUGCGAACUGACACGCAUGAGUAAUACUCCGAUACAAUGUCGACAUCUGGCUGUAAGGCGGCGAGCCCCCCCGCCUCCAAGGUGCAUUUGUCAUUCCGAACCACCUAAAGUGUCAGCGGUGUUUCAUACUCCUCUAAAACCCUCACACAACUUUUUCCUAGUUGGCGAUAAAUCUUGAUACUGUGAAUAUAUUUAAAUUAAACACCAAGUCGCGUUUCCCAAGGAACCUCGAUCAUCAAGCAAGUCGCCGGUUUUAUUCUACCCCGCAUACAUCACAGACUCCUUACCAUUUGUCAAUAUGGCUGAACACCAGUACAAAUUCAAUGUCUCCAUGAGCUGCGGAGGAUGCUCUGGCGCCGUGGAGAGAGUAUUGAAAAAGCUAGAUGGUGUCAAAUCAUACGAUGUCAGUUUGGAGUCGCAGACUGCCACCGUCAUCACCGAACCCUCUCUGCCUUACGACACUGUUCUUGCGACUAUCAAAAAGACCGGCAAGACUGUAAACAGUGGUGAGGCAGAUGGAACACCUCAAGAGAUAUAAAGAUGGUCGACGGAUGAAGAGCAAUAUCUACACAUAUAGAUUGUUAGUCGGCCGUGUCAUACACAUUUUCGAUAUCCAAGCUUAGCCAGCUAUCACGCUCCUGCAUUUUGAAUCCUAUACGCACAUACCUUGUUAUUCGAAUCUAUACUAAUUUAUGGAUUGAAAUCCGAUAUUCUUAUAAAUUGAAACUAAAUGUCUUCGAAAAUCAAAU